UUUAUUUUUUUUUUAUUUUUUGGGAUUAAAUAAGCAUGAAACUUUGUUUGAUUGUUUCACUUUUAUUUUUGACAGCCACAAAACCCACCUUAUCACAGAGCGUCCAAGCUAGAUAUGACCCUGCAUGUGGUUACUUAUCCGACAAGAUUUAUUGUUUUGGGGGUUUGACAACAGCGGGUACAAGCUUUCCGGAUUCUACAAUGGUGAUGUUAGACAUUGUAAAUGGUAGUGGAAGCACGUUAGAUGAAUUAAAAGAUCAAUGGGUAACUGUUACUACCUUUCCAAACGGACUCGAUAUCACAACAAGAGCCUAUACCCAGUCUAUGCAGCUUUCCGAUGGUAAAACUUUGCUAAUCAGUGGAGGAUGGAACAACGAUUACACCAAUUUAGCUGUACAGACACUAGCGUUCAAUGCAGAAGACUUGGGAUGGCGUGGAUUUGCAAAUUAUACAGAAUAUCCUUAUGGGGAUAGACAAAUCUAUUACGCAUCUUCAGUAUAUGUACCCAAUUAUGGAGUUGGAUACUAUGGUGGUAUUGAAACUAAUUACAAUGCUAGUUGGUCUUACCCUGGUAUAAAUGUAUCGCAAUACCAAGAUGAAACAGAACAAUUGCGAUAUAUAGGUUAUACUGGUCUUACUUUUUUUAAUAUUGAUCAGCCAGAGAACCCCUGGUCAGUCUACCCCAACCAGCUUGAUAAGCCGAAUGUAUUUUCCAUGUAUCAAAGGUCUAUUUUUGACUCCAAAAGUAACAGCAUCUUUUUCUUCGGUGGUAUAUAUCAAACGUCUUCUCUUAACAAUACUUUUGACUAUACUUUUGAGAGCUCUGUUUUAUUCAACUUAACCAAGGGUCAGUGGGGCACCCAAGGAUUUACAGGAUCUGGACCAAGUCCAAGAUACGGUCAUACAGCUACCUUAGUCGGACCUAAUCAAAGAGAUGUUCUUAUAUACGGAGGAACCAACAAUAAAAAUAAUAACAGAGCUCUUUUGGAUUUUUGCUUCACUCUAAAUCUGGAUACAUAUCAAUGGACACAACAAAACAUUGUCUCUUCCCCUAACGUUGUUUUAAUUAGAACUGAUCACUCCGCUUUAGUAAUAAGCCACGAAACAGUUUUCAUGGUUUUUGGAAAAGACUCCUCUGAUUCACCAACUUUGUCAGUAGUAGUUUUGAAUGUGACAAAUCCAACCAAUGUAACAUUGGUAGAUAGAUACAUUGACCCUAAGGGAUCUUUGAUACCAAGAAUAACGAAUUCCAAAGGAUCAGAAACGGGGUUGAGCACAGGUGCUAUAGCCGGUAUUGCUGUUGGUGCUACUGCUGCUGGUUUGCUUGGGAUUGGGGCUAUAAUAUUUUUUAUUUUAAGAAAGAAAAGGGCCGAAAAGAAAAAGCGUGAAGCAUUAGAGGCAGAAAAACAAAAAGAUCAGCAAAUCGAAGAACCGACGCAUGUUAAUUGGGUAGAACUUGAAAAGUAUGCGGAUGCUAUGAGCCCUACAAGUCUACCAAGCCAAUUUACCUACUCUCCUCGCCUAAAUGAUGAUUCAACCACAAUUGUCAGCAGUAGCCCAAUAGUAAAUAAACCAAGUCCCAUGCUGAUUCAACAAGGGUUAGAUUAUCAACGUCCAAAUGCCAUUGACGAAGAAGGCCCUAGUGGUGUAGCGAGAUAUCCGUCUUUACAAAAACCCGAUGGUGCAUAAUCAGUAGUAGCAUAACGAGUUCUUUAUCUUAUGGAGUGGAACAUAUAUCAGUAAUAAUUUUUAUCUUAAUCUACAAUAAAAUCAAACCACAAUAUAACUUUAA